GCACCAGGUGCCUCUCGAACUUCCAGGCCCGCAAACUGUGCCAUGCAGGCACCGGCUUGAUGUUGCUUCAACUCGAUUCUCGAGAUGAGCACACGCGCUACUUCGUCUACAUGAUUGGCUUGGGCUCAUUGGCUCUGACCUGGGAGGUGCACCCCAAGCUCAAGCCCUUCCGCUUCGGCAAG